AACGCUGAAUUAUUCCUUGGCCCCUCACACAAUCACACCCACUCACAGACACCUUACACCUUCACCAAUAAUUGUGCUUUCUGCCAUUUAUUGUCCCACACAACUUCUGUCCCUACACUCACACCCUCACUCAUCUCUUGGCAUACUCCUUCCCUCCACAUAUUUCUUUUGCAGGACUUUUAUUUUGCAGGUCGGACCCAUCCUCUCUAUAACUACAGCAGACUGAAAAUGUCUGGAGGGUAUAGAAAGAGGACCUACAGCGAGGCCAUGUCCCCGGACAAUGAGAGGCCUUGGAAGAGAAUGCGCAGUGAGGAGAAGAGUAGGAGCCCUGCGCAUAGUGACAGGCCUGAACCAGCUGCCGGCAUGGACUUCUACCAACUGCUGGAAAAAGAAGCAGUCAAAAGAAGCCUGGACGUGGACUCAUGCAUGAAGACGUCGGACAAGUACCUCCUGGCUAUGGCCAAGAUAUAUAUGCAGCGUGCUGGACUGCACAAGGAGGAAUACACCGAAAUGAAUUUCAUUACUGCCCUGUUACUCGCCAACGACAUGGAGGAGGAUUUACAAUUCCCUCAGUUGAUCUACAAAUUGGUCAAUGGCAAAGAUUGGCAGAAAAAAUGGAAGGAAUUGAGGGCGAGGCGACUAGAGUUGUGGGCCAGAAUGAAUUUCCAAGGUUGGGUGAACAGAACAUCAUGUGAAGAGGCAAUGGUAGAUAACCCGACUCACUGGGCGUGGAAGCGUGAGAGACACGAGGGCCAUGGACUUUCCAUCAAAAGUCACGCCAGAAAAAGGGAAUUCUAUUAUUUCAAGGGCUUUCCCAAACAUUUCCCGCAAGAAUGUUCUGUGUGCAGAGUGAAAGCCACGGAGGAAGCCCAGCCUGCCAAGGUGCCAUUCAAGAUAAGAAUGAAGAACACCUGGAAGAAAAAAGACCCUCCAGCAAAUGAUAUAGUAUAGUACUGUAGUGUAGAGCUGUAUAUUUAAUUAUAGAUAUAUAUUAUCAAAGUAUUUCUCAUUUAAAUGCAGACAUUACACAAACAAAUUAUAGAGCGUUAAAGGUAGAUUUUUUUUUAGAAAACAUUUAGUUCUGACACCAAAGUUUUUACUUAGUAAUGGGAUUAUAAUGUUUAAUAUUUACAUUUUAAUAUAAUCUGGGUAAUUCAGGGCAGUGAUUUUAUUCACCGCCA